AUUCUCGUGAAAUGCUUCUGGUUCUUGUUUACAUCCGAAGGUUGACGAUGUCGACGACACUGGCAGAAUAAAUAGCCAUGACAACAACAACAGCACUAGUAGAAGUGAUCUCAUGGGCGGCAACUUUACUGCGCAGGUAAAGAAAAAUGGGUGACGCAGCCACUAACAGGAAAGACCAGCACAUCUUCCGCAGCAGGUUCCCGGCGGUCCCGGUGCCAGAAGGGGUGACGCUGCCGGAGUUCGUGCUCGAAGGAGCGGAGGGCUACGCCGACAACGUGGCUCUCGUGGAGGCCGCGACCGGCGCGUCGUACACGUACGGCGAGGUGGCCCGUGACACGAGGCGGUUCGCGAAGGCGCUGCGGUCGCUGGGGCUGAGGAAGGGCCAUGUGGUGGUGGUGGUGCUCCCGAACGUCGCGGUCUAUCCGGCAGUCGCGCUGGGCAUUAUGGCCGCUGGCGGGGUGUUCUCCGGGGCAAACCCGCUGGCACUGCCGGCGGAGAUCAGGAAGCAGGUGGAGGACUCGGAUGCCAAGCUCAUCGUCACCAACAAACUGAUCCACGACAAGGUGAAGGAUUUCGGGGUGCCCAUCAUCUUGGUCGGGAGGGGAGGAGGAGGCGGCGGGGAGGUCGAGGGUGAGGGCGAGGACGAUGCUCCUGAUCAGGAGUCGGCCCCGUCCGGGACAAUCCAGUGGGCAGAGCUCCUGGACGCCGCGGAUCGCGCUGGGGCCGAGACGGCAGUGUCGGCGUCGGUGGUGUCGCAGCGGGACCUGUGUGCGCUGCCGUACUCGUCGGGCACGACGGGGACGUCGAAGGGGGUGAUGCUGAGCCACGGCAACCUGGUCGCCAACCUCUCCUCCUCCCUCUUCGCCGUCCCCCGCGACGCAGCCGUGGGCGUGGGAGUGGACGGCGUCACCAUCCUCGGCCUCAUGCCCUUCUUCCACAUUUACGGCCUCACCGGCAUCGUCUGCUCCACCCUCCGCAGCAGGGGCAAGGUCGUCGUCAUGGACCGCUUCGACCCAUGCACCUUCAUGGCCGGCCUCGCCCGCCACCGCGUCCACUUCGCCCCCCUCGUCCCCGCCGUCAUGCUCGCCAUGGUCAACGCCCCCCCUUCUCUCCUCCCCGACCCCUCCGCCCCCCUCGCCCUCCGCUCCGUCAUGACCGCCGCCGCCCCCCUCGCCCCCGACCUCCUCGCCGCCUUCCAGCGCAGGUUUCCGGACGUCCAAGUCCAGGAGGCAUACGGACUCACAGAGCACAGUUGCAUCACCCUCACCCACGGCGAUCCGAGCAGACGCCACGCAAAGAAGAACUCGGUCGGAUUCAUCCUGCCGAACUUGGAAGUCAAGUUUGUCGAUCCCGACACCGGCCGAUCUCUGCCCAAGAACACACCGGGGGAAGUCUGCGUCCGAAGCCAAUGCGUCAUGCAAGGUUAUUACAAAAAUAGAGAAGAAACCGAGCGAACUAUCGACGAUGAAGGUUGGCUCCGUACCGGAGAUAUCGGAUACAUAGAUGACGACGGCGACGUGUUCAUCAUAGACCGGAUCAAGGAGCUCAUCAAGUACAAAGGUUUCCAGGUAGCUCCGGCAGAGAUAGAGGCGCUGCUUCUCUCCCAUCCGUCAGUUGAAGAUGCAGCUGUAUUUGGAUUGCCUGAUGAGGAAGCUGGGGAAGUCCCAGCGGCGUGUGUUGUGAUGAGAGCCGAAGCGAAGGAGACUGAGCAGGAGAUUAUGAAGUUUGUGGCCUCUAAUGUGGCCUCCUACAAGAGAGUGCGAGUGCUGCACUUUAUUCAAUCGAUCCCUAAAUCGCCAUCCGGAAAGAUCAUGAGGAGGCUUCUGAGAGACGGCCUUUCAGAGAAAAAGGCCAGCGAUCUCACCAUCAAAGGUUGUGAGAACCACUUCCCAUAAUAAGGAGACAAAAAAUAUGCACGCCAUUUAAAGCAGUCCCUGGCUCAUUGCUGUUUUUCAACACUGGAUUUCUCUUUUCUGUCCUCGCACUACAAAAGUUUCUACUUCCUUAGCGGCAGGGAAUUCUUCAACUUUCCUACAUGUAAGCAAUGCAAACAAUAUAAUACUUGCCAUUAUCUAUGCAUGUGAAAGCCACUUAUGCUUCAUGUGA